CGGCCGAGUUAGAUCCUGUCCGUCUUGCUGGUGGUGGGCCGAGCGAUAAAAGCGAAACACAUAAGGGAUGGCGCGGGUACGGAUCAUUGCUCCAGCACUGCUGCUGGUCGUAGUGUUUUUUGGCCUGUAUACUGUAUUCGGUGAGAUUCCGCCCACUUCGUGAUUCCGGUCUUCUAGUCUCUCGGUCUGGUUUGGUUGUGAGCUUGCAAGGAAGAAGAACUCUAACGGAUGUCAUGUGUGUAGGCGGACCAUCUUCGGCCAAUACGUUACAGUCGAUCGCGGACUAUGGCGCUGGUUCGGUGACGCGGACGAAGGAGAUCUUUAACGCCGAGGAGAAUAAGUUGAUUACGCGGAAGCCGAGAUAUGCGAUCACUUCAUCGGUGCAGACGGCUUCGUUCACGUCGUUGGCGGUGAUGCUGGCGUACUCGAUUCAGAAGCAUAACGACCUGAAGGCGAUGGAUGCGGAGCUGGUGCUGCUGGUGCGCGAAGACGAGAAGGACGGCGUGACGGCGGAGAACAAGACUCGACUGGAGAAGGCAGGGUGGACGGUGCGUGUGGCGAAGGAGCUGGAAUUUCAAGGAGUCGAUACCGGCAAGAUCCGGCCCUGGCACAGACACAAUCUCAAUAAACUGCACCUGUGGAGCUGGACCGAAUACGAGAAGAUCCUGUUCAUCGAUGCCGACGUGGUGUGUAAGGGAAGUUUGGCCGAGCUGUGGGACAUGCCCGGAGAAUUCGCUGCGGCCCCCGACGUCUGGUGGAAUAUUCUCACCGAUAACCGCUUCAACUCGGGUGUGGUCGUCUUCAGGCCCUCCAUGGAAACUUUCAACGACAUGAUCCCCAAAAUGUCGGAUCCCAACUACCACUCGCCCAACGAUGCGGAUCAGGCCUUCUUAAACGCAUACUACAAGUUCAGGUACUUUGGUCUGCCGUACAAGUACAAUUUCAACUUGGUCAUGUACCAAUUCCACCGCAGCACAUGGGACAAGCUCUGGGAUGAGGCAGUGCUGAUUCACUUCACGAUGCGCAAGCCUUCGCCGAACCCGGCCAAACACUGUCACAAGGGAUGCAACGAAUGGGAGCCCCUCGAGUGGUACGGCCAGUACUUCCGUGAGAUGCUUGCCUACCACGGCUGGGAGAAGGAAUUGCCAGUGCUGGCUUAGAGAUCUCUGACUAUUUCUUUGGUCGUCACGGCUGUACUAUGCUGGUGUGAGUCUGGUAUACUCGCUCUGUGGGUCUUUUUUGGCGUAUGUA